CGCUGCCUCUGCCGCGAUUGCUCCAGGAGAUGAUCCUCGCCAAGCUCCCGCUCGACGAUCUCCUGCGGUCGCGCGCGGUUUGCAAGUUCUGGCGCCGCAUUUCCACGACGAAGAGCUUCUUGCGGAGGUAUGACAUGGUCAUCGGCGCCAAGCCCUGGUUGCUCUUCAUGCUCGCGCGCAAUGGCUUUGUCUUUGGAAUGGAUGUCCUCAGCGGCAAGCCAAGGGGCUUCUUUCGCGAGCCGAGGAAUCCGUGGAUCCCCACGACACCGGACACUAGCAUCGUCUCGUGCUCGCUCGGCCUCCUGCUGCUCCAGGACAAGCACGGCCAUUUCACUGUGGUGAACCCUUUCACCAAGGAGACCAAGAAGCUCCCGUCUUUGGAUAUGAGCUCUGGCGAAGAGAUCGUCUACUCCGGCAUGCAGUGCUCGCAUUCGGCCUCGUCAUAUAAGGUGUUCACCAUGGGUGUGAUGGACGCGGACGAAAUCAGCGGGUUGCUGUACGAGGUGAGCGUCGUCCAGCCGGUAGACCUCCCCAUCCUGGUGCCGGACAUUCGUGAGUACAAGCAGCCCUUCAUGCGCGUCUACUGCUCCGAGACCGGUUCCUGGACGUCCAUCACCAGGUUUCCUGCAGGAUUUGUGCUCCCUUUCCACUUGCUGUUCAAGGCACACCAGAGUUUCAUCGCAAACUCGGUGCUCUACUGCACCACCAACGUUAACAACCUUCCCGGGAAGAUUGCUCGCUUCGACAUCGCCAAACUGGAGUGGAUCCCGACUCUGGUGGACAUCCCAGAGGACUUGAUGGUUAUGAGCUUCAUGGUGGACAGUGAUGGGGAGCCGAUGGUAAUCGUGGUCGACAAGAAUAUGAGCAAGUUCUCCAAGGCCGUGAUCGAGCAGGACAAGCUAGUGAUCACAGAGGAGCUCCAGGUGCCGAGAGAGAUCCUGCCGACGAACGGGCUUAUGUUCGGCAUGAUGGACGUGUGGGGCUUUGGACAUGCGCUUCUGCUUUACAUCCCCGUUCAGAAGAGCAAUGCAUGGGAUCUCAAGAAGUGGGACGGCCGGUCUCUCAUGUACAAAGGCAAUAACAUCAAGGAGGAGCCGACGAUACAGUGCUGGUUUGUCAGUCUGCACAACUCCACCGUCUACUUCCAGUGCUUGCCGGAGCCUCAUCUUCCAAUCGGCGCCUUCGUGACUGGAGCUGCGGAUGUUCUCAAGCUUGUCUACAGUCCUAGCCUUCGUCGUCCCUGAGGCGAGAUACUGGCGAGUGGUUCGUUUCUUUUGGACUUGAGAUUACGACUCAAGGCAAACCGCUGUGAUUAUCAAGCAAGUAACCAGGUGUCUUUCUUGUGAUAAUGAAACCCAUGACAU